CGCCAGAAUUACGAUUCAACGAACUCAAACAGCUCGUAUCAUCCCACAAUCCCACAAACAAUAUAUCUUGGCUUAAAAAAAACUAGCAACGCAUUCCGUACGCAAAAACGACAUAAGUCCAGCAGCCUAGCUUCGGGGUUCUCGAACUUCGAUUGAAGAAAGCCUGGCUAUCUAGGAGUAUAGAUCGACUUGUCGCAAAUUAUUCAAGUCAACCGUUCAACACCCUUCCUUUAUUCCUACAUACCACAUCGACAACUCAACCCAUGCGUCAUUACCUAUCAGGACUGGUUCGUCGCUUCUGGAGGCGUGCUCCAUCUCGUCCUGCGCUGGUAGACAACGAUACGGACGAACAUACUCGGAAAACCACCUCGCAUAUCGCCGUCGAUAACGAGCCUGCCCAUAGACCCAUCGCCUUCGCGGCUCCCACUUAUAAACCUCCUCCUCAAAUACCGUCAUCUCUUAACUCGCCUGCUGGCAAAUCGUCUCUCUCCCAAGGAUCUGACCAGAGAUCGCCCGCUACCCACACGGCCUUCGUUCGGAUGGCAGAAGACCCUGCCGAUCUAUUCUGGACCAACGACCUGAUUAUGUCCGAGGUCUACGCACACAUCGAGUACAAAAGAGAUCUCCUCUCUUGCCUGUUGGCUUCGAAAGAUAACUUUGGGCGAGUUGCGAAGCAUUUGUACCGGGAUCUGAGCAAAGCUUCAAUUCACCGGAUGAUAGAUCUGGGCUGUCCUUACGAACGCUUGGAACCCGUCUUUCGCGCCGUCAAGGCAAUCGAGAUUGAAGAUUACGAUAUCCCAAGCAUCACCGACGGAUCGAUCUUGGACCAAUUCCCCAACGUCGGUUACAUCAGCAUCCGCCACGACAAUUAUUUCAUGGAUGCCACCGCUAUAACCGUUACGCGAUAUAUAGUAUCCGGCGUCAAGAUCUGGAUCGAGCGGGAGUUCCGGCCGGACUGGGAUGAUCUGAGCUGGUUCGGUCUCGAUCUUAAAGGAGCUUCAUCCUCUGCGCUGGUCGAGAUCACAAUCACACCAGGAAACUGCACCUGCGACGCGACAGAUCUGGUCGCGGAAUUGGUCAACCAUGCUCAAUCAGUCUUUGACGGGAAGGCAAAUGGCGAUCGAAGACUUGGGAGCUUAGAGGUUCUCGGACUACCCCGUUCUGUACCCAUAACGGAUUCCGACCUGCGCCUUCUCACGUCUCUCUGUCCGGAACUGCUCGAAUUGUCCGUCGCGCUGGUUGACAACGGACCAGUCCACAGAGGUUCCGCAGUGCUGUCCCACCUAUCCGAGAAGGUUGAGGAUGUCUCCAUCAUCAACGCUGAUUUGGGAUGGUUGCCGAGCUUGAAGUCAUGCAAGAAGAUCUAUCUGGAGUGCAAUACUGCGCCUUCAGCAGAGUGGAUGCUGGAAGAGGCUCUCGAUGUUGUCGCGGGUGUUGAUCCUACCGCUCAGCAGCAUCCGAUCGAUAUUACUUUGAAGCUGCAGUUGCCUGAGCGUAAUAUACCCAGCCCCUUUGCUGUCGCAAAGCUAGUAGACUCCGUGACAACCGAGUCUGUCCUUUUCUGCAAGAUGGAAUAUCCCAGAUAUUGCAGGUAUUACCGGAACGCAGUCUCAACCAUAUUUUCGCACAUCAGGAGGGAAGCAGAAUUGAAGCAGCGGAGGGCGACGAAGAAGACGAAAGGAUAUCGUUUGGUAAAGCCUGCACCUUCUGAUGGCUACGUCAUCCGUAGGCGGUGACUCUCGAACCAUCUUGAACACCCGACUCGACUCGACAAU